AUGGCUGAUAUCGAGAGCGUGCGAGACUCAAGCUCGUCUUCCACGAGCGUCAACACCCUCGGUGAGCGACACCAAUCGGAGGUCGAUCUGGAGAAGGCAGAGACCAUUCACCCAACCCCGACCUCAGGCACGGGGGUAUCAGCGACACGGUCGCAGACUAUUGGGAGGACACGCUCCGUGGCUACCGACGGCUACUCGGUGUAUGAUGUCGACGACAAUGAGAGCGACGAGACAACUAUCGAGCGCACCAAGACGAAUCCCUUCGAAGUUUUCUGGGAGGGACCAGGCGACAAGGAAAACCCUCGCAACUUCAAUCUUGCCCGGAAAUGGAUCAUUGUCCUCAUCACUUCUCUCGCUUCCUUCUGCGUAACGUUUACCUCGUCUGUCUACACCACCACCUACGAGCAGCUCAGGGAGGAGUUCCACUGCUCCAGAGAAAUCGCCACGCUUGGUCUCUCGACAUUCGUCUUGGGCUUAGCAUUCGGGCCCAUGCUGCUGGGGCCCCUUUCCGAGUUCUAUGGGCGACGACCCAUCUACAUCGCGUCCAUGUUCUUCUUCCUGAUCUGGCUGAUCCCUUGCGCCGUUGCCCAGAACAUCCAGACCAUGAUUGUGUGCCGCUUCUUCGACGGCUUCGCGGGCAGUGCGUUCCUGGCCGUCGCCGCAGGCACCGUGGCAGACCUGUUUGAGCCCAAGGAUCUUGAGUUCCCUAUGAUGAUCUUCACGGCCACGCCGUUUAUGGGUCCUGCAUUUGGCCCGAUUAUCGGCGGGUUGAUUAACCAAUUCACCACAUGGCGAUGGACUUUCUACACGCUCCUCAUCUGGACUGGCGUCCUACUGGUCAUGGUCAUUUUUUUCGUGCCCGAGACGUACCACAAAGUCCUCCUCAAACGGCGCGCGGAGAAAAAGCGUAAGGAGACGGGAGAUAACCAGUGGUACGCGCCGAUUGAGAAGCUCAACCGCAGCAUCCUGGGGACCGUCAUCCACUCGUGCUCAGUGCCCUUUGAGCUCUUGUUCUUCGAGCCCAUGUGUCUCCUGCUCUGCCUCUACUCGGCCAUCCUCCUAGGCAUCAUCUACCUGUUCUUUGGCGCCUUCCCGCUCGUCUUCGGCGAGAACCACGGCUUCUCGUUGUACCAGGUUGGCCUGACCUUCAUCGGCAUCCUCGUUGGCAUCACCAUCGGCGUCCUGACCGACCCGUUCUGGCACAAGAAUUACGUCAAGAUGGUGCGCAAGCACGAGGAGCAGACGGGACAGGUGGGCAUCAAGCCCGAGCCCGAGUACCGCUUGCCGCCCGCCAUGUUCGGCGGCAUUCUUGUGCCCGUCGGCAUAUUCUGGUUCGGCUGGACGACGUAUUCGAGCGUCCACUGGAUCGUGCCCAUCAUCGGCAGCGCGGUCUUUGGUACUGGGUUGUUCCUUGCCUUCACUGGCAUCUUGACCUUCCUCGUCGAUGCGUACCCCAGCUUCGCAGCCAGCGCCGUUGCAGCCAACUGUCUCGUCCGGCUCCUGUUCGCGGGAGCAUUUCCCCUCUUCGGAACGCAAAUGUAUGAGAACCUCGAUUACCAAUGGGCAUCUUCCCUGCUGGGCUUCCUGGCCCUGGCCUGUGUCCCCAUGCCAUUCUUCUUCUACCGAUACGGCAAGAGGAUCCGGUCGAGGAGCCGAUUCAAUAACUCUGCAUAA